GAAACUGUCCGUGAAUGACUUCCGAGAAGGGAAGACGGGCUCUGAUAGCUAUGCAGUUGGCUCGGGGGGAGACUUUCCCAGUGACACAGCCGGAAAAGGAACAUUCUCCAACCACAACAGCCAAGCCGUGGAGGAAAAACAGUCGGCAGGAAAUUAUCACUAUUGCAAUUUAUAAUUUGUUGCAAUACAAAAUAAAUUAUAGGAAUAUAGGCCAAAUCAGCAAUAUAUCAUUAUAUACAGCAAUUAACCUUACACUUCGAAUUUCUUUUUGCUACAUCCAUGAAUCCUCCACCAUUCCCUGACACAGCGGAGCAAGAACCGGUAUUUUCUGACAUGGGGGAUGGAGAAAGCGAUGAGGGAGAGGAUAUAUUUCUUGGUUCUAGUAAAACUGGAGCUGAGAGUCCAAGUGUUCCCCAGCUAAAUAUAAAGGCGGAAACUACAGACCUGUUUGCCGAACAAGCCAGUAGCACAGCCCCUACCGUCGGCCUUGGCACUGGUGGCAGCUCCAAUGGGGUCCAAUCUGAUGACGACAACGAUCUGUUUUCAGAUGCCCAUGUUGAGCUUCCUACAGAGAAUGCAAGCAGCUCAACUCCAUCUGGUCCCAGACCUGCAGCAACAUUCAUUCCUGGUACAGCAGAUAUGCAGACCAAGUCUAUGGAGCAGCUGGAGGAGGAGGAGGCCAAGGAUACCUUUGAUGUGGAUGUGGCUGUGACCAACCCAGAGAAAGUCGGAGAUGGCAUGCAUGCUUUCAUGGCCUACAGAGUAUCAACAAAGAGCACCCUGCCCGUGUUUAGAAACAAGGAGUUCUCUGUGAAAAGGCGGUUCAGUGACUUUCUAGGCCUGUAUGAGAAGCUAUCCAUCAAGCAGUCUCUGCAGGGCUGCAUCAUUCCUUCACCGCCAGAGAAGAGCGUUGUCGGCAUGACCAAGGUCAAGGUGGGCAAGGAUGAUUCCUCCUCUGUCGAGUUUGUGGAGAGAAGAAGAGCAGCUCUGGAGAGGUACCUCCAGAGGAUUGUGGCCCACUCUGUGUUGCUCCAAGACCCUGAUGUCCGGGAGUUUUUAGAGAGAGAGGAGCUUCCCAGGGCAGUGAACACCCAAGCAUUGAGUGGCGCUGGCUUCCUUAAAAUGAUCAACAAGGCAUCUGAUGCAGUGAACAAGAUGACCAUCAAGAUGAAUGAGUCUGACACUUGGUUUGAGGACAAGUUCCAGGAGGUUGAGAACGAGGAGCAGCAGCUGAGGAAGCUCCACAUCGUGGUUGACUCUCUGGUCAACCACAGGAAGGAGCUGUGCGGCAAUACGGCAGUGUUUGCCAAAAGCAUGGCGAUGUUGGGGAACUCUGAGGACAACACUGCCCUCUCGCGGGCACUGUCCCAGCUGGCUGAGGUGGAGGACAAGAUGGAGCAGUUGCACCAUGAUCAGGCAGCCAGCGACUUCUUCAUCCUGGCGGAGCUGCUGGCCGACUACGUCCGCCUGCUGGGCACUGUGCGGGGCUGCUUUGGCCAGCGCAUGCGAGCGUGGCAGCGCUGGCAGGAGGCUCAGAGCACGCUGCAGAGGAAGAGGGAGGCGGAGGCCAAGCUGCUGUGGGCCAACAAGCCUGACAAGCUGCAGCAGGCCAAGGAGGACAUCACCGAGUGGGAGUCAAGAGUCACCCAGUAUGAGAGGGAUUUUGACCGCAUCAGUGUGACGGUACGCAAGGAGGUGCUACAGUUUGAGAAAGAAAAAGCAAAGGACUUCAAGUUCCAGAUAUAUAAAUAUUUGGAGACAAUGCUACAGUCUCAACAGCGGCUUAUAAAGUUUUGGGAGGCAUUCUUGCCUGAGGCUAAGGCCAUCGCUUAAGAAUGAAGAAAAUGUUUCCAAAAUCAAACCCCAACUGCCUUUUUGAACACUUUACCUCCUGACCAGGGAACUGAAUGGAUUCCUUACACGUCAAAGAAACUUCACAUUUUUAUAGUGAUUUUGUACAGUUUGUACAGCAUUACUGUUACUAAUGUAAAAGCUUAAAGGCAGCAUUAUGAUGAGUGUUUUUUUUGCUACAGUAUUUUUAAAUACCACUGUAAGCUUACAGCGGUGUGCGUAUGUGUGUAGUUUGAAAACAACAUGAAGUGUAAGGGAGGUUCUGCUCUUUGAAUGGAACGAGCAACAUUGUCUAUUAUGGUACGAGAUGGCAAUAUGCACGCCAUUCCAUCCAGUCUCAGUCUUAUUGUUGUAGGAACUGACAACAUGGGAUGAACAAAACGCAUUAUACAGCUAUAAAUAUGAUUAUUAUUGUUUAACGUUAAUGUUGCGAGUGUGCAUUUAACAUACUAUAACAUUGUUACAAUUUAUUACACAUAUAUUUGCAGGCGUACAGCUGCUUAAAAUGCUACCACAGGAUUUUUCAAUGUUUUGUAGGAUUGAAUACUUGUUAGAAGUAUUCUUGUAUGUGAAUUUUCCACUAUAUAAUUAUAUAGUUGUGUGUAUGCCUGAAACUGAAAGAUGGGCCAACAAACGUUAUCUGGAAGAGUUGUAGAGAUUGUUGACUAAACCAUGUAAAAUAAGUUUGACUUGUACCUACACAUUCUAUGUACUUUGAUUAAUCAUGAGUAUUAUUGUCAAAUGUAAAUUACGUGAAAACAAUUUUUACAAAUUGUUUGAUCAAUCAUACAAAUCAUGAACACAAUAUUGGCUUGUAUUUUCUUAUUUUACAUUUCAGUGCGGUUUACAAUGACCUGAAAGUGUAUUUCAUUUUUGUAACCACUUGCAUUAUUUCAGACACUUCCUGAUAUUUUUAUAGGCUACCGAUGGUGUGUGGAAUGGAUAAUGUUUUAAAUGUGAAAUGAAUGCAAACAUAAAAUUGCUAAGUUUAUCAAGAGGUCCAUUGUAAUAUCUUCAUACAAUAUGUUGUCUUGUGUUCAAAUCUUCGUAUUCUUCUUGUACUUACACUAUCGAAUGCUUUGAUCGGGAAAUGUUCAACUGUGGUCGAACAUCAUCGGAACAUGACUUUGUUAUUUCGUUUAAUAAAGCAAAAUAAUUGA